ACCCGAUGCUAGUCAAUUUAUUGGAUAUUUAAUACCACCAACAACACGGGCUAAACAGCACAAAAACAGCUGAUCGCAACUCGAUGCGAACUAAAAUUGCAUCGCUGAAUGGUGGGUAAACAAAACUACAGAGAACAUAAAUAAACAUGCACAGUUGCUGAUAAGAGCAAAUAGCGCACGCGAACAGCGACCGCGUCUCAAUUCUAGCAACGUCAGCUAUAGUUGUCGUACACAGAAUGAGUCUGACAAAGAAGCGGAUUAAAAUUGUUUCGGGCAGCUCAAUAAUUGGCCUGGCCCUCAUCUAUUUGUACAAAUUUGCGAUUGCUCCCGCCACUAGCGUGCCAAGAGCUAGUUCCGCUGCCCACGGGCUCGAGGAGCAACGACAGUGGCCACCCACCGAGGAUGCUGUUCAGCGCAAUCUUCAAAUCGCCUACGAUGCUCAAAACGCGCUUCUGCAUCAGCAGCGGCAGGAGCUGCUGCACACCAGGGAGCAGCUGGCCCAGCUCGAAGAACAGGUGCGCUCCCUGCAGGCCAGCACGCCACGAAAAUAUCCAAAGGUCAAGUAUCUCAACUAUAAGAAUCGGAAGCGCAUUUUGAUCACGGGUGGCGCCGGCUUUGUGGGCUCCCAUCUAGUCGACGACCUUAUGAUCCAGGGACAUGAGGUUAUUGUGGUGGACAACUUUUUUACGGGGCGUAAGCGCAACGUGGAGCAUUGGUUGGGUCACGAGAACUUUGAGCUCAUCCACCAUGACAUUGUGAAUCCGCUGUUCAUCGAGAUCGACGAGAUCUAUCAUCUGGCGUCGCCCGCAUCGCCGCCCCACUAUAUGUACAAUCCGGUGAAGACAAUAAAGACAAAUACCAUGGGCACCAUCAAUGUCCUGGGCCUGGCCAAGCGGGUCAUGGCUAAGGUACUGAUUGCCAGCACCUCGGAGGUCUACGGAGAUCCCACAGUGCAUCCGCAACCGGAGACCUAUUGGGGUCAUGUGAAUCCUAUAGGUCCACGCGCCUGCUACGACGAGGGCAAGCGCGUCUCCGAGACACUCAGCUAUGCCUAUGCGAAGCAGGAGAAGGUGCAAGUGCGCGUGGCGCGCAUCUUCAACACAUACGGGCCGCGGAUGCAUAUGAACGACGGCCGCGUCGUGUCGAACUUCAUACUGCAGGCGCUGCGCAAUGAGACGAUCACGGUCUAUGGCAACGGGAAGCAGACGCGAUCAUUUCAAUACGUCUCGGAUCUGGUGGAUGGCCUGAUUGCACUGAUGGCUUCCAAUUACACGCAGCCCGUGAAUCUGGGCAAUCCCGUGGAGCAGACGAUUGGCGAGUUCGCCGAUAUUAUCAAGCAUCUGGUGGGCGGACAGAGCGAGGUGAAGCAGAUCAAGGCCAUGGAGGACGAUCCGCAGCGCCGCAAGCCGGACAUCACGCGCGCCAAGAAGCGCCUCAACUGGGAGCCCAAGGUGCCCCUGGAGUCGGGCCUGCUGAAGACCAUAUCAUACUUCCGCAACGAGCUCGCGCGCAGCGACCGCUUCCAGGAGAGCUCCCGCAAGUACUUUGACUCGCCCGAUCUGCAGCGCAUUCGGCCCUAGAUCAAACUCCACGGCCAACAUCAAUAAUAUGUGCCUCUCAAUUAUUGUAAUUGGAACACACACACACACACGUCUCUAGUCUGCAACAAACGUAAAGAUGACCAA